AUGGUUGUCACAAUGGCAGAGAAAUCCAAACAGAAGGUCGUUAUUGUGGGCGCGGGUCCGGUGGGCUCCCUGGCUGCGUUGUAUGCUGCUGCCCGGGGCGACGAAGUUGAGAUAUACGAGUUGCGCGGAGACCUCAGAAACCCGGCUACUGUGCCGUUGAACUUCACCAAGUCCAUCAAUCUCGCCUUAUCCGAGCGUGGGAUCACGUCCAUGAGGCAGUCGAAUCGGCCGGCUCUGGUUGAAAAAGUACUCAAUGCCGCGAUUCCCAUGCAUGGACGCAUGAUCCAUGGCAGGGACCAUGGGAAACUCUGGGAAGCAGCACAGGCAUAUGAUGUCCAUGGUCGCGCAAUCAAUGCAGUGGACAGAUCGACUUUGAACAAUGCUCUGUUGGAUGAACUGGAGCGGACGCCAAAUGUGAACCUCUUCUUCAACCACAAGCUCACUGGUGCGGACUUCCAUGCAAACAAAGCAUGGUUCGAACGCCGUCUACCAGGGGAAGCUCCACUUCCCAAUUCAUCCAACAGAGCUCCGGAAAUUGAAGUAUCAUUUGAUCUCCUCAUCGGAGCUGAUGGCGCUCACUCAGCAACACGCUACCACAUGAUGAAAUUCUCCCGGGUGAACUACGAACAAGAAUACAUCGACACACUCUGGUGCGAGUUCCGCAUCCCACCCACAGAGGAUGGAAAUUUUCGCAUCUCCCCAGGGCAUCUACACAUCUGGCCAGGCACGGAAUUUAUGUUCAUCGCCAUACCUUCGUCUGACAAGUCAUUCACCUGCACCCUCUUCGCCCCCGCACAGCAUUACAUCCACCUCCAAAACUCUCCAGAAACCCUCGUCGACUUCUUCGACGCCCACUUCCCAGGCGUCUCAGACCUGAUCACCCCAGACGCCCUGGCAGAGCAAUUUACCACAAACCCACACCUUCCCCUCAUUAGCAUCAAAUGCAACCCGCACCACUUCAACUCCUCCGCCGUCAUCCUCGGUGACGCCGCCCACGCCGUCCUUCCCUUCUACGGCCAGGGCCUCAACGCCGGUCUCGAAGACGUCCGCGUCCUCUUUGAAAUCCUCGACUCACACGGCGUCUACACCUCCCCCUCCACAGAAUCCUGUACCCUCGCCCGCCACACAGCCCUGCAAGCCUACACCACCCACCGCGGCCCCGACACCCACGCCAUCAACGACCUCUCCAAAACAAACUAUCUUGAGAUGCGCUGGGGCGUGAAGACCCCGCUCUACAAGAUCCGCAAGUCCUUCGAAGAAACCCUCGACCGCUACUUCCCGAGUCUGGGUUGGAAGACGCAGUACGCGCGCGUGAGUUUCAGCACGCAGCGGUACUCGGAGGUCAUUCGUGCGACGCGCUGGCAAGGACAGUUGCUUGGGCUUGCGUUCGGGGUUGUUGGUGUUUGGGGCACUGUUAUGGCUGCUAUAGCGAUGUGGAAGAGUCCCGGGCCUAAGCUUCAGGUGCUUGUGAGGGGAUUGAGUCAUCUUUGGGUGAGGCUUUCGAGGAAUGCGGCCAAGUAUGCGUGA